GUUUUGAUAAAACUCACCAUGUUGGUGAACGUUGUCUCAGACAUUUUGGUAGCUUAGUCCCGUUGAUUUUUCCAGGGUUGGAACCAUGGAGCGUACAGCCAGCGUUAAUGCAGAUCCCGCCGAGCAGCCGGGUGGUCAGGGCCGCUGCGUUAAAUGGAGAAACUGGAUUGGCUUCUGGCUCCUUGGAUUAUGCAACAACUUUGCUUAUGUGGUCAUGCUGAGCGCGGCCCACGACAUCCUCGAAAAGCAAGAAUCAAAAAACUCCACAUCUGCCUCAGAUAAGCUGACUGUGGACUUUCGAGCUGGGAACAGUAGCAAUAGUAGUGGGUAUGACUGCAGUCCCGUCACCACAGGGGCUGUGCUGUUAGCUGACAUCCUUCCAACGCUCAUCAUCAAGCUUUUUGCUCCCUUUGUAAUCCACAAAGUACCUUAUGGUUUUCGAGUGCUGUUUUGUGUCACCAUGGCAGCAGCGAGUUUCCUGCUUGUGUCCUUUUCCUCUGCUGUGUGGAUAAGUAUUGUUGGAGUGAUCUUUGCCAGUAUAAGCUCUGGACUGGGAGAACUAUCUUUCCUGUCUCUUAGUGUCUUCUUCGACAGGAAUGUUUUGGAAGGCUGGGGGUCUGGGACUGGUGGCGCUGGUGUUGCUGGCUCCUUUCUCUACUCAGGCCUCAUCCAAGUGGGUCUGUCACCCCAGAUCACACUAUGUAUCAUGCUGGUUGUCCCGUUUGCAAUGCUGGUUAGCUAUUUUGGUGUGCUGGCUCCUGUACCUUCUUUACCUCAGUGGAGGAGGUCAGAGUUGGAGUAUGCAGCUGUGGAUUCUGAGGAACAACAGCAGCUGAUGGAUGAAUCAGAAGAUGAGGAACAGGAGACUUCAGCUUCAGAGGACAGAACCAGGGGAUCUGUUACCCUAAAGGAGAAGUACUAUGUCAUCAAAGGUUUGGUACGGUUUGUUGCUCCACUGGGACUGGUCUACUUUGCUGAGUACUUCAUCAACCAAGGCUUGAUGGAACUCCUGUUUUUUCACAACUUUUUCCUAUCGCAUGCAGCACAGUAUCGCUGGUACCAGACCCUAUACCAGGUUGGUGUGCUGGUGUCCCGAUCCUCUCUGUAUUGCAUAAAGUUCAGGAGAGUGUGGAUUUUCUCCUUGCUGCAGGUGGUGAACGCAGUCUUCCUCCUGUUUGCUGUGCGCUUCCAGUUCCUGCCCAGCGCCUGGAUUGUCUUGGUUAUAAUUCUCUAUGAGGGUCUGCUUGGUGGAGCAGCCUAUGUAAACACCUUCUACUUCAUCAGCAAGGAGACUGAAAGCAGAUACAGAGAGUUUGCCAUGGGAACUGCCAGUGUGGGAGACAGUCUGGGAAUAGCUCUGGCUGGACUUGUAGCUUUUCCUGUACAUAAAUACUUUUGUUCCCUGUGAGAAGCUCACACCCUAGCCAGCAGGAAGAACAAGCAACACACUGGAGGAUUCCAGAUACAGUAUUCCUCCUGAAUUCAUUAACACCCGUUGCUGAAUCCUCAACAACUGAGAAGUCACCUGACAUAAGAAUCUAUUAAGCUUCCUACCCACAAAAUAACAGUGAAAAGACCAAUGAUCCAGACUGACAGCUGGGUAUAUAAGCAUUUCUUCACUGAGACAAUUAGCAUUAAAAGUCAAUAUAUCUAGUUGUAAGUACUGAUUUUACAUCUUCUAACAUUUGUAACAUAAAGGGGCUUUUUUUUUUUCUAAUUAGUUUCCUUUUUAUGAGGAUCUCAAAUGGUAUACUGGCCACACCAGUGCUUAUAUUUAGACCUGGGCUCCUCCAACAGGUGCUCAUUUGAGGCCCUCAAGACUCGGCCAUGUACACAAACAGUUAAAAGAUCACACUGAUACAAUGGGACCAAACCAAUCAGAACUUUAAGACGCAAGCAUUAAAAGUUUUAAAUCAAUCCUAAACCUAGUGGGGAGCCAGUGAAGGGAUUUAGGUAUCACUGUUAUGUGAUCCUUUUUCCUAGUGUUUAUGAGAUGGGCAGCAGCAUUCUGUAAGGUUUCAAAAGUGACUCAAUAAAGACUGGUUUAGACCGAAAACAAGGAAUUACUGUAAUCCAGAAGCAUGGACAACCUUUUCAAGGUCAUUAUGAUCUAGCUUUCACUAGGAGCUGUAAGUAAAAGAAGCUUGUCCUAACCACAUUGUUUAUUCAUUUGUCAAGUUUAAAAUUUGAGUCAAAGAGCACACUGAGAUUUCUAACAGUAGAAGUGAGAGAAGAAUUAAGGCAAGCUGCUGUACUGUUCCCAAAUACAAUAUGUUCAAAUUUGUCCUGAUUUAAUGUAAAACAAUUUAAGGAAUUUUGAGCCAGUCACUGCUUAAUAUCUGAGAUACAGACAGACAAAGAAGUAGUUGCCUCAUCCCUGUCAGAAUUUACUGGGAGAUAUAUUUGUAUGUCAUCGACAUAGCACUGAAAGGACAGUUUGACAAUGACUGAUCCAAGUGGUAGCAUGUAAAGACAGAAAAGUAAGGGGCCAAGGAUGGAGCCUUGUGGGACGCCAUAAGAAAGAGGGGCAGUAGAAGAAGACAGGUCAACAAUCAUUACAAACAAGGAUUUCUCUGUUAAGUAUGAAGUAAACCGUUUAAGUGCCAUACCUCGAAUUCAAACAUUGUGACUUAAACAUGACAGAAUUACUGUGUGAUGCACUGUAUCAAUACUGAAGUGAGGUCAAACAGCACCAAGACAGUUGGGCAUCUGGCAUCGACAUACAGUAUCAUUGUGGACUUUUAAGAUGGCAGUCUCAGUGCUGUGAUGGGAUCUAAAACCAGAUUAAAACAUUUUAAAAAAUACAAUUAGUUUCUAGAAAGGACUGCAGAUGAUUAAAAACCGCCUUUGUAAAAUUGUAGAAAGGGCAGGUGAAACAGGUCUAGAAUUUGAAAGUACAGAGGAGUCCAAAUACGAGUAGAGGUCUGACCACCGUUGGUCCAACUGUAUUAAAAAAAACUCUUAAAAAUAAUAGUGAUGAUGUUUGCUAGUCCUGAUGUAAGAAAUGCUGCAGUGUAAAGUAUGCACUUAAAAACUUUGAUUUUCCUCAGUUAAAUAUGUUUACACUGAACAGUCAAGCUGGAAGCUCCUCAUUAGAUCAGUUUUACAGUGCCUUUAAAGAUUAAAUCCAGUUUUGUGUUUUAUUACCAAGUGUAGUUUCUAAGGGCUAUACACAGUCUUUCUAUUUAAGCGCUCAUCAUUUGCUAUUGUGCUAUUUUAAACAGUGUUUUUUUGUCAAAACAUUUGGGAAGGUUUCUGUUGAUGGUAGGGUGAGUGGUCCAAUUGGAAGAAUGAACCUACUGAACUAUGGCAUAUACUGUUGUACUUGUUCUAUUUUAUUUGAGGGUACUGAUAGAACAGAUUAUUUAGUGAAGUUGAAACAUUGAAACAUUCUACAGUCAUUUAUUACAAAUGGGACCAGUAGUAAUUUCAGGUGGAUCAGUUUUAGUAAUCUGGAAAACACAAUGUUCAGAACUUUAAUGAAUCAAAAUCUCACCUUCUUUCAACUUUGUUAGUAAUGAUCAUACAAUUAGUUUAUUACUCACAAGAGAACUGUAAAUGAAAUAUUAUUUAAGCACUAAUAAACUUUUUAAAGAUGUGCCUUGUUAGUUUAGAAAUGUGUCUCCAAAAUGAACCAAUGUGCACAAUCCUACUGACAUGGAGCUUCCAGAUUAUGAUGCCAUAGCUGACAUUUCUUAUUUUUGUCAAGGUUUUUUUUUUUUAAUCUUUUUUUUAUGAUUGUGAUUUUUGCAUGAAUAAAUAAUGAUUGAAUUUU